AUGAAGGUAGAUUGCGAAAACAUUCCCCACGCGGGUCUCCAAAAGGAGGAAUCCCGCCCGUUCACUCUCACGAGUAACGGCUGCCCUUCGUAUGCUGGGGUGGGCAACAAUCGCCUCGUAGGCCGGCAUAGUGCCGGUCUCCGUGAACACGACCAUAGCAUUCGAUUAAUGGACAAUGAUAUUGCAAGCGACUCGGGUAUCUUGAGGCUGAGGGGAGGCAACCCGCCCCCUACGCCGAAAGACUACAAAAAAGGCGAUAAACCCAAAAUAUUGGGUAAAAAGGUAGGAAAGCGCGCCCGGAAGACACUCGACACUGGCGAAGGCGCUGAAAAAAUGGCGGAAAGCCUUGCAGACGCGCUUGCAGGGUCAGAUGAGGGCGCCCAGUCAGACUGCACCUUGGUAUCGGUCAGGUCGAGAUCGAGAUCGAGAUCGAGAUCCAACUCGGUCUCCUCCGCAGAUUCUGGCACACGCCGGCUGUGGGCCCGGAACAGGUCCAAAAGGGCGAACAGGUUGGAUUCCGAACGCCACUCAGUCUCGGAAGGAGAAGAUUCCCAGAAUCCAACGACGACGGAAGCUGAGCCCCAGCGUUCGCGAGGGCGUCCGCCGACGACGGGGCAAUACGUCGGCUUAGCGGCGGCACAAAGAGCCCUCAACGCUGCGAAGCGUGAGGCCCUAGAACUUGAGGCGGAGAUGGACCUAGCGAGCCAGGCGAAAGUGGCCAGGGAGCUACGGGUGCGCGUCCGUCGACUCUCAGAGUCGUCUUCGGCAGCUGAAGACCACAAUAGGGCUGCGGCAGACCUCAGCAAGUCUGUCGCGGCCCAGGUGGCAAUAAUUAAGGACGUAGCUGCGAAGUCCGGCAACCUGAAAGGGACUUACGUCAAGGCUCUAAAGGAUGCAGCAAAGGAGAUCGCAGAGGCUUUUGAGCAGCUGAGCGAGCGCACGACGUCGGACGAGACCCGCCAAUUACAGGCGGCAAAUAACCGCCUGCAAGCCGAAAUGGCUGACCUCCGAGAGGAGCUGGCGAAGUUGAGGAAAGAGGUGGAGGGAAAAAAUCGGAGAGAGAGUCCUCCGCGUGAGACUCUGUCCCCCGUACUCAUGGAUACGGAAAUGCCGGAGGUGACGCAAACGAGACCUCCCUCACCUCCCCCAGAGGCGAACCCACCGCGUGCGAGUCAAUCUGUGACUUAUCCCGCACCAGACUCCCAAAACGAGGAGUUCAUGAGGGCAGUGUCUCUCCAGGUGGGUGCGAUCGUAAGCGCACGACUCGCAGGCCUGGAAGCCGAGGGUCGGCUGCUGCCUGCCAAACAACUACGGCCGGCAUUGGCAGCGGAUAAGAAGAACCAAGCCGCACAGUCGACAGCUUCUUCCGCGGUGAAACCGACUGCCGGUUCUAAAGGGCCCAAAAUCAUCGAUGCCACCAAAAAGCCGCAGUCCACUCCAGUUACUGGAGGUAGGAAGAAGACCGCCAAGGCGGCUAAAAAGAACAAGAGUGGGGCUGGGAUUCAGCCAGAAAAAGAGACGCCGGCCGCCCGCGCGCUACCUCCUGCGCCCACUUCCAUGAAAGAGGGCUGGAACGUGGUGGCGGGCAAGGGGAGGAAAAAGAAGGGAGCUACCUCAUCGCAGCCGACGGGAAAAGUGAAAGCUUCAAAGCUCAAACCCCCACGGUCAGCAGCCGUAGUACUGACCUUGCAACCGGGAGCGGCGGAAAGAGGCGUCACCUACAAAGAGGUGAUGUCAGAGGCGAGGAACAAGGUCCAGCUGAAGGAUCUGGAUAUCUCUGGUGGCCUGCGCUUUCGGCGAGCAGCCACUGGUGCCUGCAUCCUGGAAAUUCCCGGUGCAUCUAGUGGAGAGAAAGCCGAUAAGCUGGCAGAUGCCAUAAAGCAGCAAAUUGGCGAGGACAACGUGCGUGUAUCCAGGCCUUCUAAGAGUGCUGAGAUCCGCGUCACAGGCCUGGACGAAUCCGUCACCACGGAGGAGGUAGUUGCUGCCGUAGCGCGCACCGGAGGCUGUACCCCCGAUUCGAUAAAAGUCGGGGAAAUACGGCAGAGUUUCUCGGGACUCGGUGCAGUAUGGGUGCAGUGCCCUGUUGGAGCGGCGCAAAAGGUAGUGUCCGGGGGCCGCCUUCUAGUCGGCUGGGUCUCCGCCCAGGUAAAACUACUGGAGAAAAGACCGCUGCGAUGCUACAGGUGCUUCAGGAACGGGCAUGUUAGCGCGCAGUGUCAGAGUGCUACUGACCGAUCCCAAAGCUGCUUUCAGUGUGGGAAGGACGGUCACAAGGCGGCCCAGUGCAGUGCCCCUGCGCACUGCGCUGAAUGCGCGGCAGCUGGAAAGCCGUCAGAGCAUCGGAUCAGUAGCAAGGCGUGCACUGCUCCCAAGUACAAGAACAGGAAGACGACAAAAGCUGCCGAAGUCCCCCGGGUCCCCUCGCAGCCGGUCCCACCACAAGCUACCGAACAGGCUGUGACAGAGGAGGAUUCAGCUGAUAUGGUCGUGGGAUAA